GUUUGUACUCUGUAGAUAACCUAAAAUUCAAUAGAAUCGAUUGUAGAGAAUUUAUAUAUCGUAUUUUCUCAAUUUCAGCUUAUUUUUAGAUUUAAUUUCCGCAGUUUGAAUUCAAUAUUACUAUUAUUGUAAAAUAAAAAAAUACGAUGUUAGACGGUUGGUACUGUAGAUCAAUGGCUAGUGCAGCUGCUGCUGCGGAAGAGGAGGAAAAGGCCCAAGAGGAAUCUAAAUUCAAAAGUCAAUACAAAUUCCUUAAACGGAAACUUCAAAACCUCAUAUAUGAGAAUGAAGCAUUUCGUCAAGCAUUAAGGCAAAAUCAAAAAAGAUUGUUGACUGUUACCCGGGAUAGAAAUUUCUUAUUAGAUCGUUUAAUGCUUCAUGAGAAAAUGGAAAAUUCUUCUUCAGAUUCAGAAGAAACGGAAUCAUCAGAUGAAGGCGAACCAGUUAAAAUAGAACCGAGCAGGAAGAGGAAAGAGAUGAGCUCAGUUAAUAGUAAUCAUUAUACAAGUACUAAUAAAGCUGUACCUCCUACAAAAAGAAAACGUAGUUCUACUUGUAAAGUUCCUAAACAAGUACAACAUGUAAUGCAAUUUCAAAUGCAAAAUUCUUCUACUUCGAAUAUAAUAUCAGAUGGUCACAUGACUCCUGAGGAAGUAGAAAGGCAUUUACAAUCACAAAGCUUUUUGGAUUUCCUUCCUGAGAGAGCACCUCCAACGGUUCCAACAGAGAUGUUCAGUAAUGAGCCUUCACUUGACAGUGAAUCUAAUGACUUGGGGGAGCUUGAAACUUCUCCUAGUAAUUUGGAAGAAGAACUAAGCGUAGAUGCACUAUUGGAAUGAUUUUCCAUCAUGAGUUUCAUAUUAAACAGCUUUUCAAAAAGAAUAACUGCCACACCAAUAAAGGUUAAAGGGAUGGUGUAAGAUUUACAGACUUUUUUGAAUAGCAAGAUAAUUAAAGAAUUUAAUAUUAUGUUAGCAAAAGAGAAUAUUUAUAUUUGUAGUCAUAAUGUAAGAGAUUACUUUUUUAGUAAAUUUAUUAUUGAAAAAAAUCAUCCAUCAAAGUUCACCUUAGCAAUAACAUCAAGAUUGGAUUAGAAUCAGAGCUUGACUAUACAUUACUUGAUUGGAAAUCUAUACUUAUACAGGAUGAGUCGACAGAAAUGCACCAAGUUAUAGUGUAAUUAAAAAUGACAAAAUUUUAUGCAAUAAAGGAUCGGAAAUGCUGAGGCCUAUCUCAAGCAGACUUGAACAGGCGCCACUCAUAGAAGAGUUAAUUUUUGAAAAUUUAUGUGUUUUUGCUAUUUUGUGAGUACACUCUAUCACUUGAAAAAAUAAAAUGAAAGUAGAAUAAAUAACAUCUGAGUUUUGUUUCCAUUAUUUUUAUGUGUAUGAUACAUUCUCAAGUUUGUUGUUCCUUCCAACUCGCUCUGUAUUGCUCAGUCAUUAAAUAAUAGGUUUAUAUGUAAAUAUAUAUUUUUUAAGAGUUUUUUUUUUAAUCUAAGUCUGAAAAAAAUAUACUUUCAUAAUGAAAGAACCCUUAAUUAAAUUUUUUGUUAUCACAGUUCCGGACAGGAGUUGAAAACCUAAAAUUUUAGAAAAUGAUUUAGAUUUUCUGUUCAAGCUGUGAUAUUUUUUAUUAUUGAUUUGUAAAUGUCAAUAUUAAGAUGAUUUCAUAAUUUAGAGUUUAGAAGUAGGAAUUUGAAAAAUUAAUAAAUUCCUUUUUUUUCACCUCAACAUAAACUCUUUCAUGCUCCUAAAAAAUAAAUGAAAAAAAAUUCAAAUGAGUAGUACUAUAUUUUCAAAUACGUUUACAAAUGGUAUAUGAUACUGCAUCUAAGCCACAAAACAUCUUUAUCUCUCUGUACAUAAAAGAACAAUUAAUAAUAUACAAAAGGCAAUAUGAUGCAUAAUCACUAUGAUCGGAUAUAAUUAUCAACAAUUUCCAACUAAAGAUAUACCAGGGUGAUCAGCACACACCAGCAAUCACUCCAAUAAAGAUUAGUAUUCAACACUGUACAAAAAAAAAAAUAACUGUAUAAAAAUUCAAAACUCCAGAUCACCCUGUAUACGAUUAUAUAAAUAAUGCACUUGCUUCAACAAAAUUCUACUCUACUGAAUGAGAUGUUAGAUAUCUAUUGCAAAUGUGUGAAUAGUCCUGAGGAAUUUUAAAUUCAUAGAUUACUACAGUUAUAUGUUAUUCUUAAACGUAGAUAGUUGCCUGGAAUAGAUAUAUUAUGAGAUUUUCAAACAUGUUGCUUCAUUCCCACAUUACCAGAUCAAAUAAUUCCUAAAUUAAUUUUUAAAAAUUAUUGAACAUGUGGAAAUUCAAGGAGAUGUCUUAUUGUUAUAUACCCUAAUCUCUACUUCUCAUGACCAUAUUUUGUUCAACAUUUCUGCGCAAUUUCCAAUCAUACCUAUUCAAUUAUAUUGAAAAAUGGAAGAUAUUUAUCCAUCCCAACAAUUGUUUUGUCAAACUUCUUUAGGAUAGUAUGGUUAUUAAUGUUCUAAUUUACAUCGGAUUCUUUAAAUACAGAAAAAAGUAAGAUAUUGGAAAUUUCAGAUUAUUUACCUAUUUCUAUAUUUGAGACAACCGAUGUAAAUUAGAAUGUUGGAACAUACUCAUCUCAAGAAGUCAACAAAAUAAUUGUGUCGAAUAGAUUUUGGGGAAAUCGCUUUAAACCAAUAUCAAAAUAAAUUUUUGUCAAUUAGAGAUCAAAACAAUCAAAGAAACAAAUUACAGAAAGUUCUAAUUAUCUGGGAAGAAUGUUUUAAGAAACAAUAUAAUUCAUUUUGUCAAUGCAUUUUCACGUUACAUAAGCUUGUAAAGCAAACCAAUUAUUUUCAAUAAAAAACAAACUAAUAGAGAAAUUAUUCGGUUUGUAAUAGACUUUUUAAUAUACUUAAAUUUUUUUCUUUAAACACUUCAGGCUCAAGUAAAAAACAAAAAAGUCAUAAUAACUGAAAUGUUAAACUUUAUCUUGGAUUGAAAUUGUCACAAAAAUAAACUUUUUACCUUCUUUAGAAUUCGAUGUGACUACAUGGAAAUUACAAAAUAUGGCCAUAAAAUAACAUUUGGCAAAAUUCGUUAACAAAUUCACUCUUGUAUAAAACUUUUGACAUAAAUUUGUACCUUGCAAACAGCACUAUUGUUAUACAAAAAAUAUUUGACCAUCUUAAUUAUAUUCUUCAGUUGUAACCUAAAUUAUCUAUAUAUACAUAUUGACAGAGACUUGAUCAUAAAGGGGCAUACUGUAACAAAAAUUCUUUUCUGAAAUAUUGAUAUUAUUUCCCUGAAUGGAACUAUUCUUGUUAUAUAUAAAGGUGAAAAGUACAUCUCAACAUUUAAGUUUUUAAUAAAUUUUAUUGAUAGAUAUCUGGAAUUUGUUUUGUGCAGAAUGGUUAUUUAACUUAAAAAAUAUUAAAUAUAAAUCAAUGUAUUGUUAAUUUAGUAAAAAAUUCAGUCUUCAAACCAAGCACCAAUAUUUUUCUUAAUUUGGUUAGCGGAACAGUGUGCAUGCUGAUAAUUUACAAAAUUAGAAAAACUCUUGAAAGGAUUGAUCAGAAAAUGGUUAUGGGGAUAACGAUUUUGAGAGUUAUGUUUAUUUUCAUGAAUAUAUAUUAAUGUUAGUUAUCCGUAAAAGGAAAUCAAUAUGAAUUUCAAAAAUAAUAAUAAACUCUGCACCAUCAAGAAAAGCAUUGAUACCUCAAUAUUAAUAUUACAUUUAAUUUAAAAUAAAACAUUGAUUUAAUGAAAACAAUCAUAAGAAUAUUCCAAAUAUCAAUUUCUUCUUUUUAUUCUCAUCUAACAUGAUGCCUUUUUUCGAUUAAUUUUUUUCGCAAAAUUAAAUAUUUAGGCUCACAACAGUUACUUUUUUAUUAACUCUCUAAAAUAUAUAAUAUUUCAUGUUAUAAUUUAGUUGUUUUAAAAAUAUAGUUAGCACAAUAGUUAACUUCUUAAAAUACAAUUUCGUCAUAAAGUUACUAGGACUACUUAAUUCACUUCAUUUGAAGUAAAAAAACUUUACUGUAAUAGUAUGAAAGUGCAAAAGUGAGAACUAUAUAGUAGAUCAAAUAGGGAAUUUUAAAAUAAUUAGUUUUUAGGAACUACAACAUAUCAUUGAGGCAUUUCUCAUUUCACAGUGAAUUUUCUAUUUGAAUUUUAUUACUCCAAUUAUUAUAAUAAAACCACAGUUAUCUGAGUUAACAUGGGGGAAACCCUUAUAAGAUAACUGAAAACUCGAAUAAUCCUGAUUUAUUCAUUUGUUCAUCCAUAGCUUGGAUAAUAACAACUCAGUUAAUCAGGGUUAAAAUGAAUACUAAAAAGUUUCUAUAUUUGGUAUAAAAAAAUUUGCAAUAAUUUAUCAUGUUAAAAAAUCUGAAAUUCAUGAGCCUUCCCAAAUUUCGAAAUGAUCUGUUUUAGUGAUGAAACAAAUAGAAAAUUAAACUCAUGCAUUUUUAUUGCCUUUAAAUUUAAAAUCACAACUAACUGACAUAGUCUCUUGUAAUAAAAUAAACCUGCCCGAUUUUAAUCAAAUCCAUUAUUACCAAGAAGAAUGUGGUGUGCAUCUGAUCAUUGGGCACAAAUGCCAAUAGAUACAAUGACUAGUGUUUUUAAGAACUUAAACACAAUAAACAAAAAUAAUAAAAGAGACAGAAUGGAAAUGGUAGAUUGAGUUAUGUACAGUCUAUAUCUACAUUUUCAUAAAUAGAAACAAUUUUAUCCUUGUUUCUAUAAGCUGAACAACUUCAAGAAGAUCUAGAACGAUUUUAGUAUCAUUGUAUAGAUAUAGCGACUUGGUUUUCAGUUUGGCAAGUGGGCAGUUUACGGUUUUUUUAAUUUUUUUUGUGGUAUUCUUGAAGGAAUCAUUUAAAAAAACAGAACGUAAGCUAGAAACUUUUGGUUUCUGAAGCCUAUAACGCUUAUGUUCAUCGAUUGGACAUUUUUGGACUCUUUAGUUCGGACAAAUUACGAAAUCAUUAAUUAAGAUGAAAUGUUUUGAAAAAACAUAAUUUAUGCUAAAAAAAUUGCCCAAUUUCGAAUUCCCAAAGAUCUCAAGACCUUCGUAAAAUGAAGUUCCUAUAAAAAAAUAGUAAUGAAUAAUGGUCAACAGUACUCUCGAAAUAAUUUUCUUUAGUCCUGAAAUACAAUGUUAUAAAAUUUAUGGUCUUCUUGAUAGUUGUUUAGAUUCAGUUAACAAGAAAAAUUAACCAAACUACACUGAAUUUGGUAGAGAAAGAAUAAAAUUCGAAUUUGUUCCAACCAUUCAAGGAAUAAAACUGUAAACUACUAUUUUUAUGGAAUGGAUAGGCAGUAGAAGUUUUGAAAGGUUCUAGAAUACAUUUUAUAUGUUUAUUAUUUUUAAACUAGUUUUACUAACAUUAUAAAACUUCAAUCCGUUAUUCAAAUAGAUAACUAUUUCAUGAUGUAAUCUAUAUAAAAAAUAAUAGGUAAAACAUAUCAAUGGUUCAAAUUUUAUAUUUGAAAGUUAUCCCUUAAAAAAUGGUAUGUAUUCUAGAAGCUUUACUGAGCAGAUUGAAAGAUUAGAUAUCAGGUAUCUUCAGGUUAUCCACAUUGAAUUAAAAGAUAAUUGGAAUUGAAAAUGUCAACAAAAUAGAUUUCAGUUGAGAAACAUCAACAAGAAAUAAAAAUUAUACGGAUUGAUAUACUUUAAUUCACAUUUCGAAUAGAAAAAUAUUGUUCAAGUCAAAAUGAUCCAUCUCGAUGACACAAAAAAUGAAAUAUGAAUAAAGAAUUUUUUUUAGGAAUAAAGUGAAGAUUCUGCUGCAUACCAGAAGUUCCCCAAAAACAG